ACAGAGGGUGAAGUUUUGGACUAUGGGGAGUUCGUAAAGAAUGCACAUGCAAAAGGGGUUAAGGUUGUCAUGGCAACUGAUUUGUUGGCGUUGACAAUGUUAAAGCCUCCUGGUGAAUUUGGUGUAGAUAUUGUUGUUGGCUCGGCUCAAAGGUUUGGGGUUCCUUUGGGGUAUGGUGGUCCUCAUGCAGCCUUCCUUGCCACUUCCCAAGAGUACAAAAGGAUGAUGCCAGGAAGAAUUAUCGGUGUGAGUGUUGAUUCUUCAGGAAAACCUGCUCUGCGCAUGGCAAUGCAGACGAGGGAACAACAUAUCCGGAGGGACAAGGCUACCAGCAACAUCUGCACUGCUCAGGCACUCCUUGCAAACAUGGCUGCAAUGUAUGCUGUUUACCAUGGUCCAGAGGGCCUUAAAACCAUUGCCCAAAGGGUACAUGGUCUUGCAGGGACAUUUGCUGCUGGGCUGAAGAAACUCGGGGCAGUAGAGGUUCAGGGCCUUCCCUUCUUUGACACUGUGAAGGUUAAAUGUGUUGACUCUAAGGCAAUUGCAGAUGAUGCUUGCAAGAACCAGAUGAAUUUGCGGAUAGUGGACCAGAAUACUGUCACUGUUGCUUUUGACGAAACAACCACCUUAGAGGAUGUGGACAAGCUAUUUAAAAAUUUUGCCUGUGGCAAGCCUGUAACAUUUACUGCUGCGUCUCUUGCACCAGAGGUUCGGAACAUGAUCCCUUCGGGCCUUGUAAGGCAGAGCCCGUAUCUGACUCACCCAAUCUUCAACUCAUACCAUACGGAGCAUGAGCUGCUUAGAUACCUUCAUAAACUACAAUCAAAAGAUCUUUCACUAUGUCAUAGCAUGAUUCCCCUGGGUUCGUGUACAAUGAAGUUGAAUGCAACAACAGAGAUGAUGCCUGUGACAUGGCCUGGCUUUAGUGAUAUGCACCCUUUUGCGCCUAGUGAGCAGGCUGAAGGGUAUCAGGAGAUGUUCAAAGAUUUAGGUGAACUAUUGUGUACUAUCACUGGAUUUGACUCAUUCUCUUUGCAACCCAAUGCUGGUGCUGCUGGGGAGUACGCUGGUCUCAUGGUCAUCCGCGCAUAUCAUAAGGCAAGAGGAGACCAUCACCGCAAUGUUUGCAUUAUACAUGUCUCUGCACAUGGGACAAAUCCUGCUAGUGCUGCUAUGUGCGGAAUGAAAAUUGUUGCUGUAGGAACUGAUGCCAAGGGAAACAUCAACAUUGAAGAGUUAAGGAAGGCAGCUGAAGCAAAUAGGGCAAAUCUAUCUGCCCUUAUGGUUACAUAUCCUUCAACACAUGGUGUUUACGAAGAAGGCAUUGAUGAGAUAUGCAAGAUAAUACAUGACAACGGAGGUCAAGUUUACAUGGAUGGUGCCAAUAUGAAUGCACAGGUUGGUUUGACUAGCCCGGGUUUUAUUGGUGCUGAUGUUUGUCAUCUCAAUCUCCACAAAACAUUCUGUAUUCCACAUGGUGGAGGCGGUCCCGGCAUGGGUCCUAUUGGUGUGAAGAAACAUUUGGCACCUUUUCUGCCAUCACAUCCUGUGGUAUCUACAGGAGGUAUACCAUCCCCCGACAAGAUGCAGCCACUUGGCACCAUAUCCGCUGCGCCUUGGGGCUCUGCACUUAUUUUGCCAAUAUCUUACACCUACAUUGCCAUGAUGGGGUCCAAGGGGUUGACAGAAGCAUCAAAGAUAGCUAUCUUGAAUGCAAACUACAUGGCAAAACGAUUGGAGAACCAUUACCCCAUUCUUUUCCGCGGUGUCAAUGGAACAGUCGCUCAUGAAUUCAUUGUCGAUUUGAGGGGCUUCAAGAAUACUGCUGGUAUAGAGGCUGAAGAUGUUGCUAAACGUCUUAUGGACUAUGGAUUUCACGGACCAACAAUGUCAUGGCCUGUUCCAGGCACACUCAUGAUUGAACCUACUGAAAGUGAGAGCAAGGCGGAGCUAGACAGGUUUUGUGAUGCUCUGAUUUCCAUUAGAGAAGAAAUUGCACAGAUUGAGAAAGGAAAAGCAGAUAUUAACAACAAUGUCCUCAAGGGAGCUCCUCAUCCACCAUCACUGCUCAUGGCAGAUGCAUGGACAAAACCUUACUCUCGGGAAUAUGCUGCCUUCCCUGCUCCUUGGCUCCACUCAUCCAAGUUCUGGCCUACCACAGGGCGUGUCGACAAUGUGUACGGUGACCGCAACCUUAUCUGCACCCUUCUCCCGGCAUCACAGGUUGUUGAAGAACAAGCUGCUGCUAUGGCUUAAUCUUCAGUACAACACCGCACUGCAGAUCUCAAAAUUCCUUCAUAUUUUAUAACCUCAUGUAUAUAAAAAGAAAAAAAAGAAAAAACAUGUUCAUAUGCUUCUUUUAUGGAAGCUGACUUUUUAUCUUAUUUUAUAUUCAUAAUCAGCUGCUCCAAUAACAAUUGUUGCUAACUGCAGCUCAAAUGUUGUAAUUAUCAGUUUUUCUUCCUUAAGCUCUAUUUGAUUUCUAAUUUGAGAAGCUACA